UCUUGCGGUUUUGGAGAGAGCGACGCUUACACUUAAAAAAGCACUACUUUGUAGCCGUGCCUUCUCUUUCUUUCAUCUUCUAGGGUUUUCCAUUCUCUCCCUCUCCUCCUUCCUCCAGAAACAAAACAUAAAUAUGAGCCGACAUCCUGAGGUGAAAUGGGCCCAAAGGUUGGACAAGGUAUAUCUUACAGUGCUACUCCCAGAUGCUAAGAAUGCAAAGGUUAACCUUGAUCCAGAUGGGGUUUUUACAUUCUCUGGAACAGCUGGGGCAGAAAACCAUCUCUAUGAGCUGAAACUUGAACUUUAUGACAAAGUUAAUGUCGAGGAGAGCAAAAUAAAUAUUGGGGUGAGAAAUAUCUUCUGUGUUUUGGAGAAAGCAGAGAAGAAUUGGUGGAAGAAACUAUUGCGUGGAGAUGGAAAGGCACCUCACUAUAUUAAAGUAGAUUGGGAUAAAUGGGCUGAUGAAGAUGAUGACACAGGUCCUGGAGACUUGGAUUUGGGUGGAAUGGAUUUCUCGAAAUUUGGUGACAUGGGCAUGGGGGGCAUGGGUGGCAUGGGCGACUUUGGCGGCAUGGGGGGCAUGGGGGCAUGGGCGGGUGACUUUGGCGGCAUGGGGGGCAUGGGGGGCAUGGGUGGCAUGGGCGACUUUGGCGGCAUGGGUGGCAUGGGUGGCAUGAAUUUUGAUGGUAUGGGUGAUGACGAUAGCGAUGACGAAGGGCAUGAGGUCUCAAAACCCGCAGAGAAAGCUGAUGACAAGACUGAUGAAGGGGUGAAGUCAUCAGAAGAGAAGGCUCCUGGACCAAGCUCCUGAAGGCUUUGGCAGAUUUGCAUGCAGCUGCAACUUUUUGAGUUUUGGCGAAUUAUAGUUCUUGGCUACGUUGGUAUUCAAAGGAAGCAUGCUGUUUUAGCAAGAGUGAAGGUCCCCUUGAUCUAGAUUUAGUGUUGAAAACAUUAUUGUUUAGUCCUCUCAUUUGGGAGGAGCUGUGAUCGUACUUUCCAAAGAUUCCGAGUGUUGUAUUUCUAGCAAAUUUCAAUGAUAAACAUGAUAACUAAAAAUGCAUGUAAUUUUGGUUGGGAUUAUACAAUCACUUCAAUGCGAAUGUCAAGCUUGUUAAGGUG